AUGAAUCAUGAUCUAGAUGGUUUGUUAGAAUUUCUACUCUAUGUUGGUCAAGCGAAACGUACGUUUCGCACCGGAUGGGUGUUAUGUGGUGUGGAAAAAGUAGAAAGUGUUGCCGAUCAUAUGUAUCGUAUGGCUGUGAUGAGUUUAUUAUUACCAACUGUUUCUGAAGAAAGUAAAGUAAGAUGUAUGAAAUUGGCAUUGGUUCAUGAUCUAAGUGAAAGUGUCGUCGGUGAUUUAACCGAAUUUGAUGGGGUACCUAAAACGGAAAAACGUCGAAGAGAAACAGAAGCCAUGUUAUAUCUAACUAGUUUAUUAUCAGCGGAUGUUGGACGAGAGAUAUUUUCGUUAUUCAAUGAAUACGCUGAUCAAAAAACAAAUGAAGCACUUUUGGUAAAAGAUUUAGAUAUAUUCGAUAUGCUAUUGCAAGGUGCGUCAUUUUAUUACUCAUCUUUUUUUAAACGCAUACUCCCUUAUGAAUAUGAAAAACUACAAAAUGAUCCAUUAUUUUUACAAAAUUUUUUUAAUAGUUCUGCUCAUAAUGUUAAAACACAAAAUGUUCAACGUUGGCUCGAACAACUAAUGGAGUGUAGAAAUUCUGGAAAACAAUUUAAGUUACCAUCAGAUUCAAAUUUAAAUACAAUACUGAAACACGUUUUAUAUGAUGAACAAGGUAGUUUUUUAUAUAAUCUACCUGCCAAUGAUUUACGAAAUAAAACUGAUCGUAUUUUGGAUCAACGUAAACAACAGCAACAACAAAAAGAUAUUUCAAGUGUUGACACAACUGAAUUAUUAUCAAAUAUUGUUAAAGAUUUACCGAUUGAAUUAUUAGAACAUUUACUUUUUUAUGUUAUUACAUUACCGAGUACAAAUGAAGCAAAAGAUUUUCUGUCGUUAACAUCAACAUGUAAGAAAAUGUUAAUAUUUGCAAAAAAUGAACAGAUAUGGAAAACUAUAGCAAUAAGAAGAAAAUCGGAUGCAAAAAUGAAAGAGAAUUCAACAUAUUUCGAUUAUUGUAAAUCAGUAUAUUGGCAUCGUACUCUUUAUCCUCAAGAUCUGAUAUCAACAAUUAGCCGUUUUAAUGAUAACUACCAUUGUACAAUUCAAAAAGUAGAAUUAACUCCACAUAAAAUAAGAAUUUAUAUUGAUGAACGAGGUGACACAUCGCUGGUUCAACUUCAAGAUCCUCAUCGUUCCACACUUUUCAAAUCGUCUACAAAAGACAAAUCGAGUGAUGAUGAUGUUGCACUCGAAUUAAUCUAUUAUGAUUUUUCUAUUGCUAAUCCGAUUAAACAAUAUUUGGAUGAUGUGCCGUUUUUAUUUAAUAAAAAAUAUUUACCUGUCAAUGUCCCCAACCACGAGAUACCCGAUUAUGAUACAACAAAAGUGCGAGAAAUUUUAUCGAGACCGGUAGAGUUUAACUAUAGUUUUGCAUUAGAACAAAAGGUAUUACAAGAAGCGUUAGAUGAUGUAAGACGACAAAAAUUAGCAAUUGAAGCUGAUGCAUCUAAACGGGUGAACGCCACUACCACUACUACCACCUUAUCAACAUCACCACAAACAGUCACAAAUAUAACAAUGACUGCUGACGAACAUCAACAACAAGAAAAGGCGGAAGAUGAUCAUUGUCAAUUAUCUGAAAUUCAAGGACGAAAACAACCACGAGCUAUGACAACUAACGACGUACUAUCGCGUACACAUUAUUUACCCACUCCCACAUCUAAUCAACAGUAUCAGCGUGUUUCCCCCCCACCACCACAAACACCACAAGUUUCGCAACAAACUCUCACUCCAUAUAUGUUACGAACUGUACGCGAUAUCUAUUGGCCAACAGGACAGAAUUAUGCUCAAUCACAACCACCGACAACUAUCAACACACCGUCAAGAUUACCUCAAGUCAUAUCAGAUGGUAGUUCAACAGAUAUACAUGUGACAAAACAGCCUACUCCACUUUAUGGUGGAGGUUUGUCAUUUAAUAAUUCUGAUGGAACACAUACGCCAUUAUCCACCGCAGCGUCCACAUCUUCUAUGACAACUACACUAGAUUCAUUAUCAUCUACACCAUCUUCGAUAUUAAAUCCAAAAUCGACAAAUGGUGUCAUUCUUUCUAAAAUCAUCACAACUCAGUCUGAUUUCAAUGAUUUAUCAACAUUUGAUCCAUCUCUGUCUGAUACACAUGAUCCAUUUCAUGACGCUGAACUAAAAUCAAUUAAUGACAUUGUGGCACUAAGUCAAUUGUACACAACAACAUCAUCGACAGCAAAUACAGUACGAAGAUGA